AUGCAUUUUGUAUUUGAGAUUAAAUACAGUCAGCUAGUGGGAUCAGGCCAACUCAGUGGGUUAGAGGAGAAGCAGCAGGUCCUUCCAAAUCUGGGGAUUAAACUGGUUGGUCACCUCUAUUUUGAACUGGAGAGCAGUGGCCUGAGGGAUGAGAUUCGAUAUCACUAUAUACAUAAUGGGAAGCCCAGGACAGAGGCACUUCCAUACCGAAUGGCAGACGGACAGUGGCACAAAGUUGCACUAUCAGUUAGUGCCUCUCAUCUCCUGCUCCACGUCGACUGCAAUAGGAUCUAUGAGCGUGUGAUAGACCCUCCAGAGAACAACCUUCCCCCAGGAAGCAAUUUAUGGCUUGGUCAGCGCAAUCAAAAGCAUGGUUUGUUCAAAGGGAUCAUCCAAGAUGGGAAAAUCAUCUUUAUGCCAAAUGGAUAUAUAACACAGUGUCCAAACCUAAAUCGCACUUGCCCAACCUGCAGUGAUUUCUUAAGCCUGGUACAAGGAAUAAUGGAUUUACAAGAGCUUUUGGCCAAGAUGACUGCAAAACUAAAUUAUGCAGAGACAAGACUUAGCCAAUUGGAAAACUGCCAUUGUGAGAAGACCUGUCAAGUGAGUGGACUGCUCUAUCGAGACCAAGACUCUUGGGUUGAUGGUGACCACUGCAGAAACUGCACAUGCAAAAGUGGUGCCGUGGAAUGCCGAAGGAUGUUCUGUCCUCCUCUCAGUUGUUCCCCAGACUCCCUUCCUGUGCACAUUGCUGGCCAGUGUUGUAAGGUCUGCCGACCAAAAUGCAUUUAUGGAGGAAAAGUUCUUGCAGAAGGCCAGAGAAUUUUAACCAGAAGCUGCCGGGAAUGCCGAGGAGGAGUUUUAGUAAAAAUUACAGAGAUGUGCCCUCCUUUGAACUGCUCAGAAAAGGACCACAUUCUUCCAGAGAAUCAGUGCUGCAGUGUCUGUAGAGGUCACAACUUUUGUGCUGAAGCACCUAAAUGUGGUGAAAAUUCAGAGUGCAAAAACUGGAAUACGAAAGCUACUUGUGAGUGCAAGAAUGGUUACAUCUCUGUCCAGGGAGACUCUGCCUACUGUGAAGAUAUUGAUGAGUGUGCAGCCAAGAUGCAUUACUGUCAUGCCAAUACUGUGUGUGUCAACCUGCCAGGGUUAUAUCGCUGUGAUUGUGUCCCAGGAUACAUUCGUGUGGAUGACUUCUCUUGUACUGAGCAUGAUGAAUGUGGCAGUGGACAGCACAACUGUCAUGAGAAUGCCAUCUGCACCAACACUGUCCAGGGACACAGCUGCACCUGCAAGCCAGGAUACGUGGGGAAUGGGACCAUCUGCAGAGGUAGGCUUCUGCUUUAG